AUGGGACCUACUGCGGAAGUCAUGCUGGGCAUGGCGCGUACUAUUCCAGCGAUUCUCCUCAAAGAUCCGCUCAAGGCUCAAGUCCAGAGCGCUAUCAUGUCCAAAACAACCAGCGUGGAGCAGAGUGCGACCCCAGACACGCUGCCCUCAAGCGCCUCCUCCAUUGCCUCGCUAAACAGCGACGAUAUAGCCAAGGACUGUCAAUCGAAACCACAAUUGGAAGCACGUGUCUUUUCACAGCCAGCUUUGCUGCAUGCUGCGCGAAAUGGAAGUGCGACGGUAUAUGCCAUCUUUGGCGGCCAGGGCGUGUUUAGCCCCUUACGCGAGCUCAAGGACAUACACACACAGAGCCCUAGUAUCGUGGGAGGACUGCUUGAGCGGUCAUCUGCGCAUCUGCAGCGACUUCUUGACGAUAACCCUUCUUUCUCCGUACAUUAUCCUGCCGGACUCGGUAUCCUGUCGUGGAUCCUCGAUCCAGAGCAGCAGCCGCUGCCACAUGCGCUCAGUAGAGCCCCCAUCAGUCUCCUGCUGAUUGGGUUGCUCCAACUAGCCAAUUAUUAUGUUUUGGUUCAUUCACUGAACGUGGGACCUGGCGAUAUGGAGACCUUCCUUGAGGGCAUCGGUGGCCAUUCACAGGGGGUGGUGCCCGCGGUUAUGGUGUCUGCCGCCCGCGACUGGGAGUCACUGGACAGACUGUCACUUACUGCACUUACAAUCCUCUUCUAUAUAGGCGUCCGAGCACAAUUUCUCUUUGAUUCGGCGCCGGUAGACGGAGGUGUACUGCAAGAUUGCGAAGCGCACGGCGAGGGCGUCCCGUCGUGCAUGCUGCGGGUGAAUGGUAUCUCACUUGACAUCCUCACCAAGAUCGUGGACAAGGUCAAUCACCACCUUCACCGGUGCGACCAAGCAGAGGUGGCUCUAAUCAACGGGCCCCGAAACUGUGUUCUAGGUGGCCCACCGACAACCCUGUACGCUGUCUCCCGAUGCCUGCGUCGCAUGACGGCCUCGCCGGGCGUAUCGCAAGCACGCGUCCGGUACAGCCAGCGCAAACCAGAAAUAACGAUCGGCUUCCUGCCUAUCAGCGUCCCCUUUCAUACUUCGCACCUCUCUACGGCAUGUACACUGGUGCUCCACGACCUCCGCGAGAUGUACCUGGCCCGAUCACAUUUGAGAAUUUCUGUCUACGACACCAGCGAUGGAUCCGACUUGAAAGACGGCACUGGUCGAGAUAUAAUCCCAGACUUGGUGCGUAUGAUCAUGACUUGGCGUCUAGACUGGCCGGCCACUGCGCACUUUGCUGGGGCGACGCACAUAGUCGAUCUUGGACCGGGCAUCCAUCAAGAUGGGAUCGGUGCGUUGACAGGCCGGCUCAAGCAAGGAUCCGGUGUGCGAACCAUCAUCUUUGGCCUCAGAAAUACCUCCUCAUCACCAUCGCCAUUGGAAUUUGGCAGUCGAGAGGAGUUACUUGAUGGGCUUUCGACCAUUCCCGGCCGUGACUGGCGAAAGGAAUAUGGGCCACGCCUUGUCCUCUCGACCGCUGCACCGGCCAUGGAAACCAAGAUGACCAGGCUCCUAGGCCUGCCACCGCUCAUGGUGGCUGGUAUGACCCCUACAACCUCCUCAUGGGAAUUUGUCGUGGCGACCAUGAACGCAGGGUAUCACAUCGAACUUGCGGCUGGCGGCUUUUCUGACGCUGCAAGCUUCGAAGCCGCAAUUCGCAACGUCGUCACCCACGCCCCGGCCGGCCGUGGAGUCACCUGCAACGUCAUUUACGCCAAUCCCCGCGCUCUCCGCUGGCAGCUUGAAACUAUCCAGAAGCUGCAGGCAAUGCGCUUGCCGAUUGACGGACUGACCAUUGGCGCGGGCAUCCCCUCACCCGACACCAUCGCCGGGUACAUCCGCGACAUGCCGCUCCUCAAGCACAUCUCGUUCAAGCCGGGCUCGACGCAGGCGAUCAGGGAGGUCAUCAGCAUCGCAAAGAUGCACUCGCACUUUCCUUUCAUUCUGCAGUGGACAGGCGGCCGUGCAGGCGGGCACCACUCGUUCGAAGACUUCCACGAGCCCAUUAUGCAGAGCUAUCAUCGCGUCCGCGCCUGUGCAAAUAUUGUGUUGGUCGGAGGAAGUGGGUUUGGCGAUGCAGCAGACUCGUAUCCAUAUCUCACAGGCGAGUGGUCUGUCAGGCUAGGGUCCUCACCCAUGCCAUUUGACGGCAUUUUGCUCGGCAGCCGGGUGAUGGUUGCACGCGAGACUCGUACCAGUGACGCCGCCAAGGAGCUUAUUGUGGCGACACCUGGCGUCGCAGAUGACGAGUGGGAAGGAACUUACAGUCGGCCGACUGGGGGUGUUCUGACAGUGAUCUCAGAAAUGGAUGAGCCAAUCCACAUGCUCCAGACGCGGGCAGUACAACUGUGGUCGGAGUUGGAUCGUAAGUUCUUUUCUGUCCAAGACAAGGCUACCAGACUAGAGAUGCUGCGCAAGGAGACACCACAUAUCAUUGCACGGCUCAAUCAGGACUUUUCAAAGGUCUGGUUUGGUCGUACAGAAUCAGGGGCUGUCGUUCAUCUCGCCGAGAUGACCUACGCGGAGGUGGCAGCGCGACUAAUUGGCUUGACCUACCUGCGGCCACGGACGAGAUGGAUCCAUUUUUCGUACUGUGAGCUAGCCUACGGGUUUCUCGCUCAUGUGGAAAGCCGCUUUGCGCUGAGUGUGGAGGAGACCAGGGUAAUCGAGUCUUUCAAGAAGAUCAAGCAAGACCCAUACGGGGCUCUUGAGCGCUUGAAGGCCCAGUACCCACAGCUAGAAGUUCAGCUUCUCAGCCACCAGGACGAAGCUAUCUUCACGAUGAUGUGCAGGAGAAGAGGCCGUAGGCCAGUUCCAUUCAUCACGGCGCUCGACGACGAGUUUGAGUAUUACUUCAAGAAAGAUUCCUUAUGGCAGUCCGAGAACCUCGACGCCGUGCAGGGUGAGGAUAUCCAGCGAACCUGCGUUCUGCAUGGCCCCAUUGCGGCGCGUUACACGCUGCGGUCGGAUCAAACAGUCAAAGAGAUCCUGGACGAAAUUCACUACGGAUACAUUGGCUUCCUGGAACAUUCUGGACCAGUUUGUCUGCGUGACGGCUUGGACGGGGCCAGUUUUCGAGGCAAGGGUUACCCCAAGUAUGAACGAUUCGAGGUCGACGAUAACUGCCUCGCCGAAGAACAGCUGUGGUACCAGAGACUCGCAGCCGGACGAUCCACCUCUUUUCAACUUGCGGUACUUGCUGAGACAGUCUGGCGAGACCGCCUGGUACUGAAAAAUCCAGUCCGGGUGAUUCUCAAGCCAAGAACAGAUAUACGGAUCGUUAUUGAUAGCUCGCCUGAUCAAUGUGAGGUGCUUUCUCUCUGGGAAAAUCUUGAUACCGAGGAUGAGCGAGAAGUCGCAAAGAUGAAAGUUAACCCAGCUGGAUUAAUCGAUCUUGAGCUGAUCAACUAUGAGACGGCGACUGGAGAGCCAGCCGCUUUGACGCUGCAGUUUGGUCCAGGAAGCUCUCAGCAUCCACUGCAGGACCUCACUGCCAACCUCAAUGAGCGAAUUCAAAGGAUGUACCGCCGCAUCUGGUUUGGCGACGACCCAAAGCCCUCUCCCUCGGAGUUGAAUUUGUCUGAGUUCGAUGGAGAGGACUUCAUUGUGACACCGGCGAGCCUGCGGCUCUUUUCCACGAGCAUUGGAAGCCGCAAACACAGCCAGCGUAACUACGAUUCAAGGAUAGCUCCGCUGGACUAUGCUGUCGUGGUGGCGUGGAAAGCUCUCACCAAACCCCUGUUUGUGCUCGAUGUGAACCUGCUCCGUCUCGUUCAUCUCCGAAACUCGUUUGAAUGGAUCAGUCCCAUCCACGUCCAUAACAUUCUGGCAGUGAAGUCCCAUAUUACCUGUCUCGUUGUGCAAGAGUCCGGCACACUUGUCGAAGUGAAGGCCACUAUAUCCAGAUCUGGAAAGCCAAUUGGGACCGUCACCAGCCAGUUCAUGCUGCGCGAUGCAAAACAGAUUCCUCCGGGACUCAUGUCAUUCAAGAACGUUGAAGAAACCCCCUCUACAUUGUUGCUUGAUACCGCCUGUGCGGUCUCGGUGCUCGAAUCUAAGCCGUGGUUUCAGCGCCAUGAUCGAGAUACUGAGCUGCUUGGGUCAACGCUGCUCUUCCGACCACACUCACGCUACCUCUACGGUGCUAAAGGUGAAGUGACACAGGUGGAGGUGACCGGUACUGUCCAAAUGAAAAGCGAUUUCCACAAAAAGCCGAUUCAGAUCGGCUCCAUUCAUUGGAAAUCCACGACACCAACCAACAUCGUCACUGGGUAUCUCACCCGUCACGGCAAUUCUUCUAGCCCCCGAGAGCUAUUUGACAAACCUCUCGAGCUCGCCGUCACACCAGACAUUAUUUUUGCGCCGACGAAUAACUCAAUAUAUGCCCAUGCUUCCAAAGACCUUAAUCCAAUCCAUGUGUCCAAGUCAAUGGCGGCGUAUGCCGAGCUGCCAGGAACCAUAACCCAUGGCAUGAAUACCAGUGCCCGAAUACGAGCCCUUCUCUGUAAUUAUUUGUGCGGUCAUGAUGAGUCUCUCUUUUGCCGGUUUACCAUCUCCUUCACCAAUAUGGUACUUCCAGGCGAGCAAUUGCAGCUGAGCGCCCGGCACAUUGGGAUGUUGGACGGAACUAGGGUCAUUGAAUUUACAGCGCGGGACCAGGCCGGGCUAACGGUAGCCAAGGGAGAAGCUGAGAUACGCAACGCCCCAACCGCUAUGCUUUUCACUGGCCAAGGCAGUCAGCACAAGGGCAUGGGCAUGGAACUACGCCAGUCGAGCGCCGUGGCUCGCCAGAUGUGGGAUCGCGCAGAUGCCUUUUUUGUGAACACAUAUGGUUUCCGCAUCUCGGAUAUUGUCAUCAACAACCCGAAGAAGCUCACCGUCCGCUUUGGCGGCCCGCUGGGACGCAAAUUGCGAGACAACUAUAGGGCCCUUCGAUACCUGGCCCCCGACGGGGACACCUCCAAACUGACCCAGAUUUUUCCGGACCUGGGCCAUAACACCGGCUCGUAUACUUUUACGUCUGACAGUGGCUUGCUCUUCGCGACACAAUUCACUCAACCGGCUCUGACGCUCACCGAAGUCGCCAUCUACGAAGAUCUGAAAUCACGUGGCCUUGUCUGCCCUGCGACUACUUUUGCCGGCCACUCGCUCGGCGAGUACGCUGCCAUUGCAGCCUUCGGUGGGCUGGUGCCUCUUGAAACGCUGAUGGCGAUUGCAUUUUAUCGCGGACUUUCGAUGCAGGUUGCUGUGCAGCGCGAUUCUGCUGGGCGAUCAGCAUUUGCCAUGUGCGCGCUGAAUCCAUCCAGGCUUGCUGAAGCAAUGAACGUAGAUCAGGUUGACCGGGUUGUGAAGAAGAUCUGGGAGAUGACAGGCCUGCUCAUCGAGAUUGUCAAUUACAAUAUCAAUGGGCAGCAGUACGUCUGCGCAGGCGAUGUCCGCGCUCUUUUAUGUCUCACACGCCUCCUUGACUCCCAGCACAAAUUUCAAGUAGACAAUAGCUCAUCCUUGAGAGAUGCCCUCGCAGGAAUUCUGUCCUCAAUUCCACAAACUCCUCUGAGUACAGAGGAUUUGCCCCGUGGCAGGGCGACGACGCCUCUUGCCGGAAUCGACGUCCCGUUUCACUCGAGUUUCAUGAAGCACGGGAUCCCCGCAUUCCGUCAGUUUCUCUAUGCUCAUGUUCAGUGUCAGCAUGUCGACCCCCAGCGACUCAUCAAGCGAUAUGUGCCCAAUUUGACUGCACGGCUGUUUGAUAUCGAUAAAGCGUAUUUCGAGGUGACCGAGUCGUUGACCGGCUCGCCGGUACUGAGGAAAAUUUUGGACCAGUGGAGUGAGAUCACUUCGGGGAGAAAUAAUGUGACAGGUAUCGUUCAGAUGCUAAAGACAUUCCAAGAGAGGUGA